AUGGUCUCCAGCUAUCAUAUUUUGGCUACUACACAGUUUCUUACAGAUACCCUGCAAAAGAUUAAAAUUCCUCUUAAAAUAAUUACAGGCGAUUAUAAUGCCCACAACACGGUUUGGGGGUAUGCUUCUACGAAUGACAAAGGAAGCCUUCUGGAGGAUUUUCUGUCUGCUAAUCAUCUUGUUUUACAUAACACAGCAGACGCGCCUCCGACAUAUGACAGAAUCUACGCACAAGGCUGGCCUGAUUUGACGGUCAGUUCAGCCUCAGCUGCGCCAUUAAUACAAAAUUGGAGGGUUAAUGAUGAAAUUAGCUUAAGCGACCAUCGUUACAUUACUUUCUCAAUAGAGCAACCGACGACAAUUAAUAUUAUUCGUCGUUACAACCUACCUGGUAGGCGUAAACGUGCUUUUACUACUAGAGUCAAGAAUUUGAUUGAAGGUAUUGAACAACAGCUAACUCAAGCGAACUCUAGAGACGAAUUGGAGAAUUUCACAGUGACUCUACAAAAGUGUAUACAGCAAGCGUGUGAUGACAUAUUGCCACAGCGUAGUACUAAAAAACUGACUACGAUCAAUUGGUGGAGUAGUGAACUUCGUAUUCAGCAGAGGCAAUGUCGCGCAUUACGUCGAAGGUUAAAGACUGAGCGUAGACUAAACCUUCCAGCUAAACACCCUCCCAAUUUAUCAACAGGCAAGAGCGAAGUACAAACGUUCAAUUUUGCAGGCUAA